CACACUCAUCAAAACUGGUCCACAUUUUCACUCCUAGUUGUUUUGAUUGGUAUUUCAACCUUUUUGAAAGAAGUGUAAAAAUUAAUCCAUCCAAAAACUGCUGCUGAAGGUGUUAACGAAUGCAAAGAUAAUCCGUUGCUAAGAAACAGUCAAAAUACCUUUUCGUACAAUCUCAUGCAAAUUACUAGUCGGAAAAAUGGCCCGCUGUUAGAGAGGUUGUGUUGGUUACGAUGGAGUUCAACUUCAACUCAGCUAAGAGCAAUAUCUGCUCAUAACGCUCUAGAUGAUAAAGGAAAGAAAAAUUGACGAUGACAAGGGAUGAGUAUCAUGGUUACAAGAAAAUGCUACAAUUCAUUACAGCGGCUGCAUCGGCUACUGCAGAGCUGCCCGCCCGCGAGUAGAGCUGUCUCUUGACUUGAGCUUAAGUUCUAAUUUAUAUUUCCGCUGCCGAAAUUAUUUUUACAAACUAGAGAUUUAGACGCUGAUAAAUACUAAUUUUGAAGUGACGACAAUCACAGUUUUAACGGAAAAUUGGACCGGUAUUACACUAGCUACGCUGGUAAGGUUUAACUGAAUUAUAUCUCGGCCACGUACGAUGAGUGCUGCUGAUAAAUGCAACACAGGAACGCUGCUGUUGCCGUUUCUGGAUGAAUCAGGCUGGAUACAUGAACUGAGAAUUGUUAUCUACCUGAUAGCAUUAUUAUGGUGCUUUAUGGGAGUUGCAAUCAUCGCUGAUGUUUUUAUGUGUUCUAUCGAAACGAUUACAAGUAAAACAAAGCAGGUCAAGGUGGCUAGGCAAGACAGUGAUGAAAUGGACGUGGUCGAAGUUCGAGUCUGGAAUGAUACAGUGGCUAACUUGACGUUGAUGGCUUUAGGGUCAUCUGCCCCAGAGAUCUUACUAGCCAUCUUUGAGAUCGUCUUAAUCAACGGCUUUAAUUCAGGAGAAUUAGGCCCAAGUACGAUUGUUGGUUCUGCAGCGUUUAAUCUUCUUGUAAUCACAGGAGUGUGUAUUAUGACAGUACCUAUGCACGAGCAGCGAAAGAUAAAAGCCAUUAAAGUGUUCGCUGUAACUGCAACGUUCUCUAUUUUAGCCUACGUUUGGCUUUACAUCGCUUUGAGCGUGAGUUCUAAAAAUGAGAUCGAACUUUGGGAGGCAAUUUUUACUUUUUUGUUGUUUCCUAUUCUGGUUGUUAUCGCUUAUAUUGCCGACAAAGAUUACUGCUCAGGAAAAGUUUCACCGCAAGACGCAGGAGUACUUGAACUGGGUAUGUGAAUCUAAUAAUAUUUCCACUUGUAUCAGUAUAAAGUUUCGGCACUUAUGCUAUAUAUAGGAAAACAUGUUUACUAAUUGAACUCACGUACAUACCGUACGUGAUAAGAUUAUAAAUGGCCUUGAUUUUGCUGAUUGCGAUUUGUAUUUUCUUGGACAUGAAACAAUAUUUUCAUAUAAUUUGGAAUCUGUUUUUUAAAAUGUCUAUAUGAGUCGAUCGCUUUGAAAGUGUAUACAAAAUUAAAGUUGACACGUUGCUAUGCUAUAUUAAUUAUUACCAGAUUGGCGUUUUGAGGUUAAACAAGUGGGAAUUUUUUUAACUACAUUGUACUCGUAAGUUUCACAAAUGUACGUUCUUCAAAGAUAGAAAGCACAAUCGAACUGGUUUCCAAGAUUUUGUGCUAAAAACAAUAAGUGGAAAACGUUUAUUCAGCUGUCAUAUGGUAACAAAUAAACAAAUCAUUCCAAAAACGUCGCAGAUAAUUUCUAAAAUGCUGUUAAAGAUCCUGAGCACUGUUCCAGACUGUACGGCAUUCCAAGUUUCAUUUGGGCCAAAUGCACCCAGGUUUUCACAUAUUUUCAAAUGGAAUGAAAUUGACUGCUAGAACUUUGUAUCUGUGUAUCAAUAAUUAAAAUCUUUCAUCAAAGCAGGUGAAAGCUUAAAUAAUUAUUUCUUUAGAUCGACAAUAUUACAAUACAAACAAUUUUUGUUGAAAAGGCAAACCCGUAAACAAACAAGAAGGUGAAAAUCUCAUGUAUUUCAGUAAUACAUGAAACCAGUUUUUAUUUUUAACUCUAGUUAUUAAAUGAAAAAAGUUCUAUAAAGAUAUAAAAUACAUGCAUCAGACAUAAUUAGCACACUUGCAUAAUAAUAAUUUACAUACCUGGCUAAAAAAUCACAGUUUGUUGGCAUCAAAAUUUGCCCACAUCCAACCAAAUCUUAACUGUGGUCAGGCACGAUGACCAGACCUGAAAUCAAAUGUACUAAAGCCUACUAUCAUUUUGCUCUUCGGAAAAAUGCUUCCUGCCCCCCUCUCCCUCUCCUUCAUAUGAAGCUAAAACACUCAAUAAUUGCUAAGUUUUGCCAUUAUGGAGUUAAAAGUAAAGAUCUCUGGUAGUUGCAGCUUGACUUUAGUAAGCAGGGUUGUCAUUAAGAGCCGGGGGCCGGGGAUUUUCCCCGGCGACUAAGAGAGUGGCCCCCAGCUACUUUUAUUGGAAAAUAGAAGAAAAAUAGAACCAAAGGAAAUCCCUAGCCGUUUGAUUCCCUGCCUACUUGUUGUGUUUACCCGGCAACUUGAAAUCUUAGUGACAACCCUGAGUAAGUAUGCUGUUUGUAUACAUGUCCUUAUAACAAUUUACUUAACUACAUUCCUUUGGUACAAAGUUUGUAUCAUUAUGUCGGUUAAUCUAUUUUAUGCUUUUGGAUUAUAUGGUAAAAAAGAAAUUGUUUUGAGGGGAAAUUUAGUUUCACUUUGACUUUAACAUUGCAAUGCAAGCUCAAAAACUACAUUUAAUUUUUGUCAAUAACUGUGCGGAUUUCCUCCAAAAAUGUUUACAACUGGUAUAGGAUUUACAGAAGCUCCAACAAAUUGUGGACCAAUUGUGGAAUUGCACACAUUUUAGGUAUCCUAUUGAUAAACCGAAUUUCUAGCAAUAACGACUUGCCAUCUGUCUCCUCAAACAUUUGAAAGUCAAUAUAGAUUUUGUAAGCAUUGUACUAGUGUCUGCAUUAUCAGGCAUAACCAAUGAGAAAAUAAGAAUAAGAACCACAUGUAUAACAGUUUAUUUAAUUUUUCAAAAUUAAUUUAAUCAUCCUGCAAUCAGUUAGUCACCUGCAAAUUGAAAUUGAAAAUUUAAGGAGAAAUUCGGAAUUUAAAUUGGUAAUAAAAAGAAGACACACAAAAUUAAAAAAACAAACAAACAAACAAAUAAAGUAUGUACUUCUGCCCAUGUCAAAACACAGAAGAUACUUAAAGGAAUAGGUCAGCGUGUUCCUCUUUGAGGUAUUGGAUUGGAAAAAGACAUUUUGUAAGAUAUCAGUAUAAAUUAUAUAGGAAUUGGUACAAUUACUAACCAUGGCUGGAUUGAACUCUUGCAAAAAUAAACAAUUUAUAGUCUUGGUUUCAAGAGUCAUAAUUUGGAUGUGUGGAGCCGGCAGCGAUUUUCUGCACGCAUGGACAGAGGACAAUGAAUCUGUUAAGUGUCAAUGCCAUUUUUGCAAGUUAAUUAUAGAAAAGUACAUGAGUACAUAAGAAAGACAGAUUCCCCCUUAUCCACACUGUGAUAAAUAUUCCUUGAAUGCAGUUAACUUACAUAAACAAUGUGACUUGAAAUCUUUGAUUAGCAUAUCACACUAAGAAAUCACAUUUGUAUUUCUUCAUAAUAAUAGCUGAGGGUACAAAAGCAUUGAAGACACCAACAGAAGACCCAGAAGUUGAAAGUUUUAUCAAGGUACAAAUAUAUAAACAUAGAUCAAGAUACAUAUAACAACAAACAAUUAUGUUUGAGUCCAAUAAAAAAACUCUUGGUAUAGUAAAAAUAAACUUUGUUAGUUAUGUUUAAUUUACCACAUUAUGUACCUGGGGAACUCAUAUGAACUCACAUUAAAAUUUUGAACUCGCGUGUUAAUUUUGUAUGAAGCUGUUGCCACAUCAUUCAACUAUUGUUGCAGCUCUCUAACUGUCAAACCGUUUGUCUUUGGCUAAUUACUUUACGUCUAGAAAUGUUUUAAAAAUUAAUAAAUUUUAAAUGCCAAAUAAUGGAAUUGUUAGUCUCCCUCAAAUAACAUGAAAAUCUGGUCUGAACCAGCUACCCCGCCCCCACCCCACCCCCAGGUACCAGGGGUUUUUUGCUUACCUCGGCCGAAGCCGGAACAGAAAAAUUAUGUAUAUAUAUAUAUAUAUAUAUAUAUAUAUAUAUAUAUAUAUAUAUAUAUAUAUAUAUAUCAAACUAGGUUUAGCUAGGUUCAUCUUAUUGAAGGUGUUUUGAACUGAUACUGAUACUGUCAAACCGUUUGUCUUUGGCUAAUUACUUUACGUCUAGAAAUGUUUUAAAAAUUAAUAAAUUUUAAAUGCCAAAUAAUGGAAUUGUUAGUCUCCCUCAAAUAACAUGAAAAUCUGGUCUGAACCAGCUACCCCGCCCCCACCCCACCCCCAGGUACCAGGGGUUUUUUGCUUACCUCGGCCGAAGCCGGAACAGAAAAAUUAUGUAUAUAUAUAUAUAUAUCAAACUAGGUUUAGCUAGGUUCAUCUUAUUGAAGGUGUUUUGAACUGAUACUGACCUUUGAAGCCAGGCUAGUUAAAAUUUGUAUGAACUCCCUUCCCAUCCCUCCGGUGUACUCCCAAAACAACCCUACAUCUCAAUCCAGUGCCAGUUCUGUGUACUGUUCAGCGCUGUCACCUUGGCCCAUUCUAUAUUAUUCUAGACUGGGCAAGCGCUGGUCUUAAGCGUAUCUAACGCAGAUAAGACCGGCCAAUGAAUGAUUCUCUACUUUAUAUUUGCGAUAUUUCUUGUUUGUAAACAUUGAUUUUGUCAUUUAACUGUGCCAACCACUGAAAUAAAGAACCUAGUAUUGUUUCAAUUUCCUCAACGUGAUUUAGGAAUAACUUCAUGGCUGCCGCCAUCAGAUGACCCAUUUUUCCUAAGGCUUCAACCGACAAUUAUCACCGCCGGCAUACCUUGGAGUUAAUCCAAUAAUUAUGCUUUUAAAUGUUACUGAAUAAAUGAUAACGAGGAAGUCUAUAGAAGAGCGAAGAAUUCUUGCUUAUUCAAGCUUAGCAAUAUAAAUGAGCUUCAUCUAACAUACCUUACUCAUCAGUCAUAAGAAAUAGGUUUAUAAGAAUUUCAAUGCUGUUAUACAUCAAAAACUGUCUUAAGCUAACUGACGCACCUGUAACAGAGAUUCGCAUCAAUAUUUCCAUGAAGUGUUUACAGAAAGGAUAUAGAAUAUCUUGCGUUUUAGCUGGAGGCUUGCGCCCAAGGAACAAAGACGAUCAAUGUCGGUCGGGCCUGGUGUGACGGCAAGCCCAGUUUCUAGCGGUCAGCAGACUGUCUUAGAGACCGCGAAUCUUUCGAGCAUCUUUCUUUUGCCGCUAAGAUAUGGGAAACGAAGCAAACAAAGUGAGCGUAAGGAUUUUCAAUAUGCGAGCGUUGAGUUGUGUGGGUUUAUCGUGCUAGUUUUUGUCUUUUUUUUGCUACAUAUUUUAGAGUAAAAGGGAGACUCUGACGGUGGUGUACCUGUCGAGGCGCGAUCAACGGCGCGAUUUAUUAAACCAAGCACUGAUGUUGGAAAUGUGGGUUAAAAAGGCAAAACUGAAUAGAUUGGUUCCAUCUUGUUGACCCAGAGCGAGAAAUUCUUCCUUUUUAGAGAGGGAUAGAACAACUGACAAGCCCGAAGUUCUACCUGCUCUAAAAUUGAGGUGCUUGUAAUGUACGUGUAUGAAAAACUUGCCAUAUGAACUGGGAUUUUUUCAAAUGUGGUUUCACGCUCAUAAAGCAAAUUGCCCACUAUUGCGACGAGCACCUUAUGACAAGCAAUUCGAUCACAAAUGUGGUUGCUAAAAUAGAAGCAAGAUUACAACUCACCAAUGCCGAUGCAAGUGAAGUCAAUAGACGACGAAAAAAUUGCAAAGGAAAACGAAAGGACGAAGCAAAGCAACUUUUUAAAAACGCUGUUUGACCUUGAACUCGAUUUCUGAAGGAAAUAGAUGUUUUCACUAAUUUUGAUAUUAAUUCACAGAAUCUGCUGCACAGAACCCUCUAAUCGGUUAUUCCUUGACUUUAAAGCGAGUUUAACCGUUUUCACUUUGAAAUUGUGUGUUUCUUGUCACCAAACCUUGUGGCUGUUGUUUAACUAAUGAAAUGUUGUUUUUGUUUGUUUGUGUGUUUUUUACCAUUUAUAGGAAGUUAGCCGUAACCCGGAUCUCAGUGAAGAUGACGCCGCUAUGCUUGUGGCAGCUCAUAUAAAAUCAAAACAACCCAAAAAUUACGGCUAUUAUCGCGUUGGCGCAAUACGAAAUAUAGGAGGCAGUCAUAAACUGAGACCAAAAAUGGAUUCCAAACUUAGAGUGGUAAGCAGAUAGGGGAAAUUAUUUCAUUUCAGUAUUGACUCGGACAGCUUUAUCACUAGCUUGAAUUUAUUUCUUCAAAGUAUCUAUGAAUACAACACUGAGCAUGCGCACCAGGCUCAAGGGUGAUUAGUGGAGCACUCAAUUACGGAACUUUUAACAAAUAUCUUUUAGUUCAUAAAGAUAGAAUUAUGAAACAUAUCCCGUGAAAUUUUGUAUACUUAGAAAAAUAACAUUAUAGUCAUUAUAGAUUUUCUGUUUUUUACACUGCUAAUUUUCAUCAAGAGCCAUUGUGGCUCUUGUUUUCAGUUGAUAACGGAGUGUUAAAAAUUAUAAAGAUUGUACGGUAUCUGUACUCUGAGUGCCUAGAUUAUUAUCCUCUCCUGCUGCUGGUCUGAUAACACAAAAGCAAUGUUGUUCUGUAGAUUUACGAGGAGUUAUCUGAAGUUGGGUUUUCAUCUUCUGGUGCUUCAGUCAUAAUGAGUCAUGCCUUAGGUACGUUCACGUCUCCGGCUUACUAUUACUACUGACCCUGCCAUGUAAUUACAGUAUAUGCAUCUCCUAUGAACAAUUCCCAGCACAAAAAGUAUUACCUUAUUAUGGGAAAUUGACGAUGCAUUAAUGCAUAAUUUAUGUCGAUGUUAAUUUAAAUCUCAAUAUAUUACAUCAUUGUUGUUUUACAGCACCUUUAUUUCAAUAACAAAACCUCGUCUGCUUAUAGUUCCUCUAUCAACACCUCGGAGUCACUAUCUGACAGUUCUUAGUCCUUAGGAAUUGAGUUCAAAAUGUCUUUCGACUGUCUUCGUAUCGACCCGUUUCCCCGAGGGGUUAGCUAACUUCUUCGGUCUUCCUUCUUCAUGGCAAUGCUGCUUUUUUUUCUUUUAGAUAUGUAUGUUGAGAAGCUUGUAUUUCAGCAAAUUCGCGUAAAAUAAAAGUCAGGCGCUCGAAACUUUCUCGUAAUUUGAUGUAUGUAAACCAAACUUUUGGAAAAUUCGCGUUAAUUUUUGGUAACGUAAAUUUUCUUCGCGUUGUCAAUGUGCAUCGUUAAUUUCAAAUAAUAGAGAGUGUUAGAUCCGAGAUUACCGCGAACCUCUAACCGCGGUUUGCGGUUACCCGUUUGCGGUUCGACGUUCAAACAUAAUUCGAUUUAGAUUGGCGGUGGAUUAAAGAAGUGGAUUCUGAAUUUAUUUUUCCAUUUAGAAAUGGAAGAAAUAUCAAUCAGUGAAAAUAAAAGAAAUUUACCGUAACACUGGGUUAUCUAGCAGUAAAGAGCUGUAAAUUCUUACAUUAGUUCUUCUUAUAAAUUUUCGGCCGCCAUUUUGAAUCAGCAGCCAUGAAUGGCACUUGUUUUCAAGAUCCAAUAGGAUUUAUCAAAUUUAGCAUUUCGCCCGAAUUUGUGCCUCUGUUAAUGGAUAAAGACUUGCUGCACAAGAUUUUUGUAUCAUUACGUGGGAUAAAACAAGAAUUAUACGCUAAAAGCUUUCAGGUAAAUGGCAUACGUGAAACUGACCUACCUCCCCACGUUGAAAACGCACGUCGUAAACCUCAAACGUGACGCGAAAGACUUGUCACGUGACUCCCAGCGGUUAGAGGUUCGUGGUAAACUCGGAUCUAAAACUCUCUAAUGAAGCAACACGCUGCUUAUAUUUUUAGCACGUUGCCUGCAUGAAACAAAAACAACGCUUCAAUGAAAUUACCCACCAGUGGUCGCUUGAUCCUCUGUGAUCAAUAAACAUACACAUUAUACACAAUUUCACAGAAAUGCCGCUCCAGUUUUAAUAACCAGUCAGGUAAGUAGAGUUUAGUAAGAAUAAUAUCUCUGUCAGUCUCAAAAUUUCUGCUUUCAGUUCUAAAAUUUCUUGUGUUUUUUGUUGCUUCAGCGGGAAGAAUACAGCCGGCUCGAGUUGAGUUUGCUGCUCCUAAAUGUGCCGUUCUUGAAAGUGAUAAAAUUGUCAGGAUUGGAGUGAAAAGAACUGGCAACACUAAACUAGCCACAAGUGUAAAGUAAGUGUGUUAAUGCCGAGCAGUAAACAUUGAUCCAGUUUUCAGUCCCUCGAUCCCAAACCAAAGUUCAAGAAUACAUGAAAUUUAUCGUUGUAAAUGGGUUGGCUUGACUUAACCCUAAACCUAAUUCAUUCCCAACGAUCUCCAUACAGCAAAUAAAUUAAAGCUUUUUACAGUUUCCAACCCAUUGUAACGAUAUGGUGAUGGCAUGGGAGGCUGGUCGCGUACAUUGCGUCAGAAUUCGCAAUAUUAAGAUUCAUAAGUAGGUUGACUUUGAUCGUCAGGGUGAUCGUAGUCCUGAAUAGGACUGUUGUUGUCGACAGUGAGUGACGUUUCAACAACCUGUGUGGUAGUCAUCUUCAGAGUCAAAGUGAGUUGUAUCACGUCAGUUGAUGGUAUUAUACUCUGGUUAUUGAUCUGAUUGGUCAAUUACGUCGCGAUGUUAUUGGUCGUCUGUCUGUUAAGCAGUGAUGUUAUUGGUUAUAUAGACUCGUAAUCAGUAAUUGGUACGUUUCGGUCCGUCUAUUGUCACACUUAAACAGUCGUCUGUUGUUAGUCUAAUUGUCAUUCUCUCGUAGUUAGCUAGUUUUGCUUGAUCUCGUCAAUAAGUCGUUUGUACGGCGCUGGUAACUGUUGGCUACGAUUCAGUGGCGUUUGUUCUAAGUUAGUAAACCAGCUUUCUAAAGUAAGACGUUGAUAGUAGUCUGUAGAAUACGUUAUACAUGUCACAGAGUCCCAGUCAAUUUGAUGUUUCGUCUUUAAAUGGUGCUCAGCAAUGUGAUUGUUGACGUCACCAUUCUUCGUCGCUCGUUUGUGUUCGGUCAGUCGCGUGCUUAGGUUUCUGCCGGUUUCCCCAAUGUAAGAAGCCUGGCAGUCGCAGCAUUUUAUCAGCUGGCGUGAUGCCAUCAACAUACCAUCAACUGACGUGAUACAACUCACUUUGACUCUGAAGAUGACUACCACACAGGUUGUCGAAACGUCAGUCACUGUCAACAACAACAGUCCUACUCAGGACUACGUUCACCCGGACGAUCAAACUCAACCUACUUUUAAAGGACUCCUGGGUUCAAACCUUUCAUAGUUUCACAUUAAGUUUCAUUUUGACUAAAAUUCCAUUUUAGUUAUGAAACUAUUAAUGGCACAGCUCUGGCUGGAUCAGAUUACGAGGCAAAGAAAGAUGUGCUUGUCUUCAAACCUGGAGAAACGUUAAAACAUGUGGACAUCACAAUUAUUGAUGACGACGAAUGGGAAGAGAACGAGGUGUUCUUUGUGAAAGUAUCAAGGUUUGAUUACAAAGACGACACAGUGGAAAUCGGAGAACAAAGUAUUACCGAAGUCACUAUUAUAAAUGACGAUGGUAAGAAAACAGAGAAUUAGUCAGGUCUGUAGGUGCGGGUACUGGGGAGAGGAAGUAAUCUGGCCGGUGCGCAAUCACAUGGUCAUGGCGACUUUAAAGUCGCAAUAAAACGUGAUCUGGUCAUGGCAAAUUGUAUUUGGCACUGGUAAGACUAGAGUGGCAAUAAGCAAGAUCUGCUAAUCUGCAUAACACCCGCCAAAAUAUACUUGGGGUUGAUACCAGAGGGUUUGUUCUGCAGCGCAAGAUGACAGACACCAAAGAGUUUUUUCAGUAAUUCCUGCACCUAAAGGAAGAGUCACUAACAGUCAUCUUAAUAAGAGUGCGCCCAGGUCAAUCAAAAUUAGGGCGGAUAAUCCUUCCUUUCCGUUUGUUCAUCACUUAAUUAACGUCAAUGGAUGCUCAUUCUGGAUAUUUGCUCAUUUCAAAUUAUCAUCAUUAUCAUCAUCAUCAUCAUCAUCACUAUAUUAUUAUUACAUACCUUUAUUAUCGUCAUCAUCACGGCGAUCAAACGAGGAUUUGUCAUUGCACGACAUUUUAGCAAUAUCCCAACAUAGGAUAAAAACAAUAUUUGCUCCCUCCAUGUUAUUGUCCCUAGUUUGAACCAGGGUUUUCGAUGAUGUCUUCUUCAGAUCUAACAGAACACAGUGUAAUUGAGUCGCUAACAAGCUUGUGAACCAGAAUUUGUAGGCUAAUAGUCAGUUCUUAGACCAACAGUUUUGAAUUGUUUUGUAACAGUGAAAAUUAGUUCGAAUCCUGGGUAAACACUCUCUCUUGUGGGAAAUGAAUAACCUGCCUUCUGCUUUCUGGUUGGUGGCUGCUAUGUCCAAGCUGUAUUUUCUGCUACUAGGGCUUGAUAAAUGCUAUUAGUCUUUUUCUAUUUAAUAAAGCACUUCUUGUGUGAUUAAAUCACUAGAACCUGGAACCUUUUCGCUGGAGAAUCCAAGCUACGUUAUAAAAGAAAGUAUUGGCAAAGCCUUUAUCAAAGUUGAACGGACUAAUGGAACAGAUGGGAAGGUAGAGGUUACAUGGAAAACUACAGAUAAAACAGCAGUGAACGGCAAGGAUUACCAUGGAGGGACUGGCGCCCUAAUUUUUGAGCAUGGCGAGCAAGUUAAGCACAUUGUUAUAGACAUUAUUGACGACAAAGACUUUGAAAAGGACGAGACGUUUACAGUAGAGCUCACGGGCACCUCGGAUGGAGCCAGUCUUGGACACAUUAAGAGUGCAGCAGUCACUAUCGUCAAUGAUGACGGUAUGGUUAUAUUGUAACAACUCUAUCUGUUUCUCUUUAGCCAACCUCGUUCCCAGGGUUCUCUCCUACCCGCCCUACGGAGCGAGAGAGAGAGAGAGACCCUGGCAAACGCUGGUCACGUGUCUCCCAGAACCCUGGGAACGAGGUUGCUCUUUAGCAAGGCGCGUCACUGAUCCUAUAUUUUGCACUAUUCAAUGGUUGAAAGAGACUCUGCUUGAGGGGUCAACUACGUUAUUUAUUACUACUGCCUUUCUUGCGAUGGGUUUUCAUGGAAUUCUGGAGCUAGCAGAUAAAAUGUUUUUCCGCGGAUUAGAAUACAAAGACAUUGUCGCCAUUAUUAAUCCAGCAAAUCCGUUCUCGUUCGGACUGUUUCAGUGAAUAAAUGUUUUAACAAAAAGAAGGUGUUUACAAGUACCCAAGGUUUUCAGGCAGUUUACAAAAGUGACGGCUGUAUUUUUCUUAAUUAUUAUUGUUUCUCAAUACAGAAAAUGAGGCAAACCAGGCCUUUAUGUUGUGUUCAUGAUAACCUACUAGAUAUUUUUUUUCUGUUCAGAGUAUCGCCGCUUGUUUGACCGUGUGGUAGCAUUGACGCAUUUAAAUCUUCGCCGUUUGGAUCUUGGAUCCGAAACAUGGGGCGCUCAGUUUAGAGAAGCCAUGUCAGUAAAUGGGGGAGAUAUAGAAAACGCCACUACACUUGAUUACGUCAUGCACUUUCUCACCUUUGCUUGGAAGGUAUGUUCAACACUUUUCCUUUGCUUUACAUGAUUCUAAAGAAAUAGACAAUAGCAUCGGCCCACCCUUUUAACUUUAUGUAAAACAAUGAUAGCUUUCCAGGGAGGAUAAAAAAAUGCUCAAAUAGGAUAUCUAAGGGCCUGUUUACAUGAAGGUGGGGGACCCCAGGUAGGUGGGGUAACCCGCCUGUCUAUAUAAUCUCUCAUUUUAAUUUUAUCACGUUUACAUGAUAGGUGGGGUGACCCGCCACAUGUUACCUCACCUAUCUGGGGUCCCCCACCUCCAUUUAAACAGGCACUAAAUGUACCCUGUGUAAAUCAUAUAUUUUGAGGGGUUUAUUAGUUUACUAGUUAAUUGUCUUAUGUCAUCUCAUCGUUAUCAGGUAAUCUUUGCAAUAUGUCCUCCUUGCACUUGGCUGGGUGGCUGGCUUUCCUUCGGUGUCGCUUUAGGCAUGAUCGGACUUAUCACAGUCAUUGUUGGUGAUCUUGCUACAAUAUUUGGCUGCCUUGUUGGACUAAAGAACGAAGUGACAGCCGUUACGUUUGUAGCACUUGGUACCAGUCUGCCAGAUUUAUUUGCGAGUAAGAAUGCGGCUGUCAAUGAAAAGUACGCUGAUGCUGCUGUCGGAAACGUGACUGGAAGCAACUCUGUGAAUGUCUUCCUCGGACUGGGGACGCCUUGGGUCAUAGCUUGUAUUUAUCAUACUGUCAAGGUAACGUUUUCGGGAAACUUAGCUAGCGUUUUGUUCAUCUAAGUUUUUUUGCCCCUACUAUCUGUUUGAAAAUGACUAAGGCCUUUGCAAAAGUUCACAUCUUUCCCCAAAGUACAACUGAAACCAGAUGUGAACGUUCACAAGUAUUCGGCUUUUCAAUUCCUCUCGUGCGCUACUCUUAGGUUCGUUGUCAGCCCUUUGUGACAAAAGCCAUUGGAAUAUAAACUGGUCGCACGCGAGGACGCUCCCCAGUUUUCCACCUAGCUCCAGACUUCCCCUGGUACAAUGCGUUUUCCAGUUAAAAUUUGUCCAAGGAAAUACAGAGUGCGUGGGGUACGUUUAUCACGCCAAGACAGGGUGCAAGGAGGAGGCAACAGUCAGCUUUGAAAAGGCAUGAAUGAUAUGCGUCGACUGCUCUAUUAAUGAUCUAAAUCUUUAUUUUCAGGGCACAAAGUUCAUAGUGGACGCAGGAUCAUUAUCCAUAAGUGUUGUGACGUACAGCAUAUGCGCGGUCCUUUGCGUCAGCCUCCUAAUGGUGCGCCGGUACACCAAGGCUAUGGGCCGCGCAGAACUCGGCGGGCCAAGUACAACGAAGUACGCGUCAGGUUUCUUUCUGGUAGUCCUGUGGCUUGUAUAUGUUCUUAUAUCAUCCUUAGUUGCCUAUGAAAAAGUUACAUUUUAAACGAAUUCAAAAAGCAAUAUCAUGUCCACAAAACCUUCACUGCGUUUAAUUAGAGAAACUGCGGAGCAGCCAUUCUGAAGGCGUUGGAGGUACAUACAAAGAAAAUACCACUGAAUAUAGUCGAAGAUUUCACCUUGUCAACUGUAAAUAUGAAUCCCAUCGCACCUUGUCGAUAUUUAUUUCCAAAACAAUCAUGCCUCUUGAUAGUUCCGAGAUUCUAGCAAAAAAUCGUUUAAUUUUCCGUACUCCCUAAUGCCACAGUAUUUUGACAAGCAAAGAGUGUUUUCCAACAGCGAGGUCAAUAUCUAAGUUAAAUAAAUCAAAUUAUAAGAUUAUUAUGAGCAUGUUGGCUUAGACCCUGGUAUUCACUCGAAAGCCGGCAGAGUGCAUGGUCAAUCGACUGGAAUUUUGUUCCUCAAUAGUGCCCACUUUCAUUGGCUAGUUUAGGGAGACUUGACGUAAUCCUGAAAUUAUAUUUUACGUGUUCAUCCACGCUGCUUGUUCUUGUUCACUUACGUUCCGGGGGGGACUGCAAUCUGCAAUCUUUAAUUUACAUUUUAUAACUUUUUUUUUCUUGAUCAUUCUAAAGUAAUUCAGUUGAUGUAGAAAAUAAUGCGCAUAGUAAUAUAAUGGCAAACAUUUAAAGCUUCCCCGUCUUUCUCGGCAUAUGGAAGCCGGUCCCAGUACCCCGUCCCCGUGGACAUCCAUGGUGUAAAAGUGUUGGUACUUUUCGAGCCCGGAAACUGCUGCUGAGACUGCUCUAAUUUUCGGUUCUUGACCACUUUUUUACAACAACCAUUUGAGCCUGAAAUCUAAGUAGGUCCUAAUUUGGAACAACAACAAAAACAACAAUUGAGAGUGACACUUGGAGACCCUCAAACUGCGCCUUGCUGUUAAAUUUUGUACUAAUAAUACUCUAAAAACUGCUCAGA